AUGAAUAUCGCAACAGAUCCUCAAACUACUACUGGUGCCGCAAACCUAAGCGCAGCAUCCGCCGGCGCAGCCCUCGCCCACGCAAACCAAAAACCAAUCGAAGUAUGGACACCCCCCAGUCGCUUCACGGACGCGGAAAAGGCCGCUUGGUCCGUGAGGGAUUUCGUUCAGCCCGAGUUCCCUCAACCCAGUACCGGAUACAGCGCAGCAGGACUGGGCGCUGCGAUCAUCGCUGUGCGCGAACAGCGCGCUUCAUCAUCAAACCUCUCCCCAACCCGGGCGGCCUCUACAAGCAAACCCGACAUUUCCACCAUCGAUCACACCCGCGCUGCUGUGGGCGGCAAUGCUCAGGAUAAGGCGCUCCUUGCAGCAACUGGAGCCUACGCCAACCGGAAACGGGCGGACUCAGCUCCAAGUGAACCGGUCUUACCAGCCGAUACUCCUUAUGCCCUCCGCGCUGCUGGCGUAUCACAUCGCGGGAAGGCCGAAGACGAGGGACCUCUGGAUCGCAGCGAUGCUGCGAUGGAGUCUCACGAAGUCGAGGCGCGCAACCGUCGCAACUCAUUGCACGCUGCGGCUCUAGUCAUGGCGAAGAAUAUGUACGAUGCCUCGGGUCCGAAGGGUGAUACAGCAACCGUCGACCCAGCCAUCUACGCUGCGCAGGAAGGUCAAAACCGCCUGCAAUAUCGCAAUACCGUCAGUGGGGCCAUGGGGACAACAGCUCACAAAGCCCUGGCCCUGCAGGAGGCGGCUCAAAAGCGGGCGGCGGAGAAAAUAGCCCUUAUGAGGGAUGAUCAUGCGGAAAUGCAACAGUAUUACGGAACUGCGCCUCAGCCUCAGCGAUCGCGUCUGACAACUCGUCGAAAGCGGACGGCUAGUGAUGCCGAUCCGUCCCAAGCGGAUGCGGAGCAGUCAAGGCAGAUUCGCAAUCAGAUGACAAGUCUACGAUCGAAGGUUGAUCGUGUUGAUGUGCAGAGGCAGAGAGAUCGUGAUCUUCUUAUGGAAGCUGCUCAGCGGAAUGUGGAUGCGACUAUCCAAGACAUGGAAAUGAAGUUGUACAGUAAUACUGGUCGUGCCCCGCCGUCCGUUCAGAAGCAGUGGGAGGACGCUGCUCGGGAACGAGCUCGUCAGGAGGCCCAAGUCGCCGAGGCGAGUCGUUCCCCAGAGGGCCGAGUGAAUAUUGGCGGUCAACACUUUAUGAACAUGGCUGAUGUCGAAGCUGUUGCUCGAUCCCGUGUUCAGCCGGCAUUGGACGAGAUCACGGAUCAGGCCGAACAACGCCGAGCGGAGGAGCUUGAAGCUCGUCUUGAUGCUGAGGAGAACCAGAGACAGGCUGCGAUUGAGAAGGAGCGCGAGGCUUCUUUGCGUGCUCUUGGUGGAGAAAAGGGAGACAAGACGCGAUCUGAAAAACGCCAACUCAAGGGCUUGAGCUUGUUGUUGUUCAGAAAGAAGAGUAAACGGACUCGUGGUGAGAAGACCGAAGAACCGGCUGAGGAGGCUGUCCAGCAACCAAUUCCUACCGCUGAAGCACCAGCUGUCGAGGAGGCGCCGGCUGUCGCAGAAGCACCGGUUGUCAAGGAAGCACCGGCUGUCGCAGAAGCACCGGCUGUCGAGGAAGCACCGGCUGUUGCAACGGCCGCUGAGCCAGCUACCGCUGAGCCCGCUGCCGAUGACGAACCUGAGGCCAGAGCGGAGGAUCGAUCCGAAGAUAUAACCACUGCUUCAGACCAUGCUGCCGCAUCCAAGAUAUCCACCGCUGAAGAGCAUGGCCCCUCAACCGUUUUUGCAGCAGGCCCAGCAGCCCCAAUUGCAGCACCAGUCCGACUAGUCACCACCAGACCCUCUGAGGCAUCCGAAGCGUACGCAGGCAUCCCACAACGAGACGCAGCAGCCACCGCGGGAAUAAGCGACAUGCACAUGGUGCAACCCAUCACAAGUCCUCGGGCCGAUUCAAAACUAAAGAACUGGUUCAGAGAUCGACUGGUUCGUCGAAGCAGCGGCCCGGUACCCGUUUACCCGCACCAGCCAGGACCCGACUUCAGAAGCGGCAGCGAGAUUGGCUUUACCGGGGGUGCAGCACUGACCGGCCAAGGCCGAGAUGAAUCUCGUGGGGCGGCUCUAAGCUCUCAUCCCAUUAAUUCUAGCAAUGAUGGGAAUGCGGAUGAGCUGGACCAAAGCCCGCCAAGUCACAACGGAGGCACGUUUCUCGAAAUGACAAAAUCCACUACGGGUGGUACGGGUGGCGAUUCGAUUUCCAGCUCGACUCAGCAAAAUGGUCAUGGCAAUGACAACGGCAAUGCCAAUGCCAAUGCCAAUGCCAAUGGUACUGGAAAGAGACAGCGUCUUCGCAAAAGUUUCAUGAAAUUGUCCCGUAACUCGCAAGACUCGAAGACGAAUCGCUUAACCAAUGGCGGCGGCCAUUCCCGGCAAAACUCCUCCUUGUCCGAGACAAAGGUUUCCGGGACUGGGGAGGGUCUUCAGAAUCUGCGACACAGCGCUACUGAGCAGGGUCUCCCUGCCCCACCCAUUCUAGGACAAACGUCCAGUACGGGUCGGGAAUCCAGGUUCUCUGAAGACUUGUGA